UCACUAGUUCAUUGAUGUGGUUCUAGUUGGGAGUGGUUAGAGCGCGUGCUGCUCUCCUCCGCGCCGACAGCAGGUGGCGCGCGAACACAAAAAGCAGCCACAGAGUGUUUUCGAAUAAAUGGCUCAAUUAUCACUGCGGCAACCUCCUCUCCUACCUCCUCUCUGAUGCGACACGCCCCGGGUUGCUGCGUGUGUCAGAGCAUUUAUUUUGGUAAUAGCACAUGGUACCGCGAGCUCAUCCCUCAAAGUAGUCCCAGUGAUACCACUGCGCGCGCAGCCACAGGUGGUGUUCAUGCGGCCCACCCUGCUUUAAACAGUCUAUGGUGCCACCCUAGCAUCUGAAACAACAGAAGAGAGACCGAGACAAGGGACUACCAGCGCUUUACCAUCGUUCCGGUGCUGCUACAUUGACUGAGGGAACUCAUAAAGCUGCUUUCUGCUUUGUUUUGUUCGCAUUUUGGAGGCAGUUGUUUCAAGCUGAGGGGAACUAAGGCCUGCGUUCAGUGUUUUGUCGAGGAGCGUGCAGAUUUAACAGGUGGAGAAGGCACCUUAAAUUACACUGCACUCACCUUGGGUUUUGACCAGAGUGUGUGCUGACCUGAUCACUAAAUGGCGCUGACAGUGAACCUCAUCGGCCCUUCACCAUGGGGCUUCAGAAUAUUUGGAGGAAGGGACUUCAAGAAGGCCAUAACUGUAUCAAAGGUCAACGGGGACAGCAAGGCAGAGCAGGCAGACCUGCAACCUGGUGACAUUAUCUUGGAGAUCAAUGGGGAAAACACAGCCGACAUGCUGAACGUGGAGGCCCAGAACAAGAUCAAGAACUCGAAGACCCAGCUGCAGCUGGUGGUGGAGAGACGUGAACCUCUAAGCCCCGGACAGACCAAUGGCAUCAGCACCCCUGAGCAGCUCACUGGACGCUUCCAGGAGGCGGUAAUAGUGAGUCGAGAUGAGAAUCAGAACUACAGAGAGUACACCAUCGCCAGCCCUGCAUCGCUGUCCCCUGGACCUUAUUCACCAGAUCCUCCUGCCAGCCCUGAUGGGAAGAGGGAGAGGCUGACACCAACCACCAACAAGAGUGUCCAGCUGCGCUCAUGGUCUCCAGAGGAGAAGAGUCACAGGCUGUCCAGACCACUGUCACAGGAGUUCUCCCCUACAGACUACAGAAAUAACUCUGUGUCCAGCAGAACCCCGACCCCACCGGGACGCUACUCACCCCAUAGCCCCAUUGAUCGUGACGUACCCAUGUCCCCUCGUCGCAGCAGUUCGAGCUCUGACUUUGCCAUGCAGAGGUUCGACAGGGACUCUGAGGUGUACAAGAUGAUCCAGGAGAAUAAGGAGUCCCGCACAGCACCUCGUCAGUCCAACACCUUUAAAAUGCUGCAAGAGGUCCUGGAGGCUGACGAGAAAGAGGCAGCCCUGCGGUUCCCAGGGAAGCUCUCGCCCAACAUCCCCAAACCAAGCACAUCAGUGGGAGGAGUCAGCAAAAACCACACCUGUGAGAAGUGUGGCACCAGCAUUGUCACGCUGGCUGUGCGCAUCACAGACGACCACUUCCGCCACCCAGAGUGCUACACUUGCACAGAUUGCGGUCUUAACCUCAGGAUGAGAGGUCACUUUUGGGUUGGAGAUGUGAUGUACUGUGAGAAGCAUGCUAAAGAGAGGCACCAAGGCCCAGGUAGUUCCCCCAGAGCCACCGUGUCCCCUCGCCAAUGAGUCUGCCCCGCUCUGGACGUAGAGUGCUGCUUGUCUGCCUGAAGCUCCACCUCAUCGGACUCAGUUAUAGACCUUGGGAUGGUGCGUGGAGGUGGACGCUGGUCAACGAUAUGGCACAGGAUGUUGUUUUCUGAUCACAUUUAACCAUAAUUUACAAUAUUAUGAUUCACUUUCUUGUCUUUCUUAUAAUUGUAUGAGAAUUGGGGCUUUGUUUUUCAUAUGGCCCAGCCUCCACAGUCUCUUUAGGUUAUUCUUAGCUCAAAUGGUGCACAGCUGCCGUGGACUCAAGCCACAUCACAUUGUACUAAGGCCAGAUUUACAUAACACCAACGCUUUAGACAAACUCAACAGGACUGGCUCUCUGACUCUGAGGAUCUGGAUAAUCAUUUGAAUCUCCUGCUGACACAAAGGGACCAAAAUCUCACCCACACUGCAUGCCAUUUUAAAGCUAUACUUUACACAGACAGUGCUGCGUGUGUGUGUGUGUGCAUGCUUUCACAUGCAGAAGUGUGGUGGCUUCUGCAUGCCUUCCCUGCAUCUGUGACUGUGUGUGUGUGUGUGUGUGCGUGCAUGAGAGAGAGAAAAGGGAAGGGAGGUCCACGUUGUUACAGAUGCAAAGGAGUUUGUGAAUUUUGCGCUAGAGUCAGGCCAAAAGCCCUUGAGUUUUUCUACAUUUCUUUUGUAAGCAGAAUUUAUGAGUAGAAAUAAUGGAGAAAAAAAAUGUGCUGACUUGUUUUGCUGUUUUGUUGCUUAUGAGGGACUAUAGAUUAAUUCAAUAUACAAAUAUUUUUGAUGUUUUUGUGAUUGAACUGUAUUCUAUAAUAUAGACCAUUUAAAAUGCAUAAUGUAUGCACAGGACUCUUAGUGUGACAAGAGUUGAUGAUACUACACUUGUCCAGUUGCAGCAGUACUCAGAGAUACACUAUAAUGUUCGCAUUUCAUGUGGCACUUAAUAAAAUCACACAACCUGAA